AUGAUAUUGAGGCAUAAACUACUAAAAGAUGUCUUCUCAGCCAGAUCAUAUUCUACCGUCAGCAAUAUUGCACUACUGAAAAUCCGAAAUAUUGGAAUCAUUGCUCACAUCGAUGCCGGGAAAACUACCACCACCGAGCGCAUGAUUUAUUAUAGUGGGAAGAGUAGGAGAAUAGGAAACGUUGAUGAGGGCGAUACCGUGACCGACUAUCUUAGAUCCGAAAGGGAACGUGGUAUUACUAUUCAACUGGCAGCCACGACGAUACCGUGGAAUGAACACAAGAUUAAUAUUAUUGAUACACCUGGCCAUGCUGAUUUUACAUUCGAGGUCGUUCGCUCAUUGCGAGUGUUGGAUGGAGCUGUCACUAUUCUAGAUGCAGUCGCUGGUGUUGAAGCACAAACGGAGAAAGUUUGGAAACAAGCUAGCGUAUUGGGCUUACCGAGAAUUGUCUAUAUAAACAAGAUGGACCGUCCUGGUGCUGGAUUUAGUAGAACCGUUAAAGAGAUUAUUCAAAAGCUAGAAACGAGGGUGGUUUUGUGCAAUAUUCCAUACUUUGAAAUUGCCGCUGAUCAAGAAUUCAUCUUUAGAGGUGUUAUUGACGUAUUGCACGGUAAAUUGUUGAAAUGGAAAGAAGAAGACGAGUUUGGUAAAGAAAUCGAUGUUAUUGACUUGGAUGACUCGAACCCUGAUCUUUUCCAAAUGUAUUGCAGUGCGAAGGAGUCCAUGGUGGAAACCCUUGGCGAAGUAGACGAAUCAGUCAUUGAUGCUUUUCUUGAAAAUGAUGAAGACUACCUAAAGAUCUCCCCCGAUUUGUUAGACAAGGCGAUUCGAAAAGCCACAAUUGCAAACUAUCUAUCUCCAGUAUUUUGUGGGUCUUCAUUUAGAAAUAUUGGAGUUCAGCCGUUGAUGGAUGGGAUUGUAAAGUAUUUGCCAUCUCCCUUGCAAACAACAUUGCCCGAGAUCAAAAGCAAGAAAAAGGAAAUUUCAAAGAAAAUGGACGAUGCAAGGGGAUUGGUGUUUAACAAUGACAAGAAUUUGACGGUUGGUCUUGUCUUUAAAGUCAUGACACACGCAACGAGAGGACCUAUGACUUUCUUUAGGGUUUAUAGUGGGAAGUUGAAUGCUUCUACUAAUUUGGUCAAUACUCGGACGGGCAAAAAGCUUUUGGUGAGAAAUCUUCUUGUGAUGCAUGGUGAUACCCCAGAGGAAGUGAAAAGUAUCAGCGCAGGUGAUAUUGGGGUGAUUCCAGGUUAUGAAACAGAGUUCAAGACAGGUGAUACAUUUGUCUGUAGCGCAGUGGGCAAGAAAUCAAUGGGACCGCUUGAAUCAAGUUUGACAUUGAUGCCGAUAGACAUUCCGCCUCCUUUGUUCAACGCAAGUAUAGAGCCACAUACAGCUGGAGACGAGGCGUAUAUGAAAAAGUGUUUGGAUAUAUUAGUCCGCGAAGACCCGUCAUUAAAAGUUCAUGUGGAUGAAGAAUUGGGUCAAACCGUACUUAGCGGCAUGGGAGAAUUACAUUUGGACAUUGUUCGUGAGAGAUUGGUUAAUGACAUGAAGGCAAAGGCUAACUUACGAGAUGUGGCGGUUUCUUUCAAGGAAUCAUUUGUGGGUAAAACAGAGACACAGGGAAGUUUUUGCGAUGAAAAUGUUCAAGUUAAACUAACUGUUGGUCAUGUUGAGAAUUGUGCUGAUUUUGAGUCAGUACCAGGGGCACAGAUUUUUGAAGAUGAAAACAAUGUCAUCAUCUUGCCCGAUACUGCUGCCUUAGAACAUGUUCGAACUGCAUUAAGUGACAGAAGAUGGAAAUGUCCAAACUCAUUGAAUGACUUAAAAGAAGCUGUAACAAACGGUUGCUUAACAGCGUUACAAAUGGGAGGUCCACAAUUAGGUCUCUCAUUGCACUCUACCUUGGUUACAGUCAAUCACUGGGAUGCCGCCAUAGAUAAAGGCGAAGAACAGAUUUCUUCAUUAUUAAAUGCAAGUAGACAGGCGAUUCAAUCAGUAAAAGAAACGGAAUCCAACUUUGCCAUAUUAGAGCCGGUGAUGAUAACAAAGGUCUAUGUCAAUUCAAGCGACUUGGGUGAAGUGUCGCAUGAUUUAACUCAAAGGUGCCAAGCCGUUAUUUUAGCUGUUGAAGACGAAUCAAUACAAGACGCCGAAAUUGCUGAUUGGACAGCACAAGUUUCCGAAAAGACGUAUGUUCCACCUGACUAUACGUUAUCACAAACAAAGGGUAGAAGUGAGGACUUUGCUAAUAAGAAGAUUAUUAUAGCUGAAACACCAUUGAAGGAAAUGAUUGGGUACUUGUCAAAAUUGAGAGCUCUUACUCAGGGAAGAGCUACGUUUGACAUGUCAUUUAUUGGAAUGAGGCGUGUGACUGGAUCAAGGGCUGAUUCAAUUGCUCGUGCAUGA